AUGAACAGGUUGUCAUUGGUAGCUAGGCCACUACUAAGAAUAAGUAGAGUUUCUCCAAUACAAUAUAGACACAUCUUCACCACUCAAGUAUGUUACAAUAAUCCAUUUGGAAAGCUCACAUCUUCACCGGUUCAGAAGAAACAAUCCCCAGAUAUAAAGGAAAAAGAAGAAGAAGGAGGCACAUCGCCGCCACCUGUGGUAAAGAACGAGGAAGGAGAAAUUGAUAUCGACUCUAUAACACCAGAGAAUGAUGCAAAGUUAAUUGAAUAUUAUGCCGAUAAAGCUAAGGAAGAGGAAUCAAAGACUAAAAUAGAAUCUUUAAUCCAUCCAUUGAAGAUAACUCUCUAUAACAAAGUUGUUAAAGAGAAUGGGUUUUUCAAGAAUGAUCAAAUCGUCAAGCAUGCAGAUAAAUUCCUCAAAUUCCAUUUAACUCCCGAGGAAAUUGAAAUAUUAGAGCCAACGAUUUUUCUUGAAUCGUUACGUAUUAAAUCAUCGAUGAAAAAAGCCACUGUAGUAAAUCGUUUUGUUCGUGGGAUGAAUGUUAAAACAGCUAUUACUCAAUUACACUUCAACCCGAAGAAGAUGUCUACUGAAUUAGAAAAACUUUUGAAGCAAGGAUUGGAAAAAGCACAAAAAUUGGGGUAUAACGAAGAUAAAAUCUAUAUUGCUAGGUUAUGGACCGGUAGUGAUGGGGAUUGGAAGAAAAGAAUAGACAUCAAAGGAAGAGGAAGACACGGUAUUAUUCAACAUAAAUAUAUUCACUUGAAAUGUGUUAUAAAAACUGAACAAACUAAACGUAGACUAGAUUGGGAAAAAGCAGAGAAGGAGAGAUUGAAAAAGCCAAGGAUGUUUUUGAAUAACGAGCCUUUGAAUAUUAAAGUCAGACCUUGGUAUAAAUGGUAG